AUGCGCUUUCUGCUGCAGGUCCGAUGCUGGCAAUGUCGCCAGCUCUCGGCGCUCCACACGGCUCCUCGCCCCACCCGGCGGACAAAGCUCGGAGGCUGGGAUAGAAGGCCAAGCAAGGGUGUGUCAUAUACAGGAUUCGUGUGCACCGCGGUGGCCGCAAAUGUCCAGUUCCUAAGGGAGGGACUUACGGCGAGCCUGUCUGUGCAUCAUGGCAUUAACCAGCUGAAGUUUGCACAGGGCCUUCAGUCUGUUGCUGAGGAGCGAGCUGGACGCCACUGUGGGGCUCUGAGAGUUCUAAAUUCUUACUGGGUUGGUGAAGAUUCCACAUACAAUUUCUUCGAGGUUAUCUUUAUUGAUCCAUCCCACAAAGCCAUUAGAAGAAAUCCUGACACCCAGUGGAUCACCAAACCAGUCCAUAAGCACAGGGACACACAUGGGCUGACAUGUGCAACCCUCAAGAGUCGUAGCCGUGGAAAGGGCCACAGGUUCCACCACACUGUUGGUGUUUCUUGCCGUGCAGCUUGGAGAAGGCGCAAUACUCUCCAGCUCCACCGCUACCGCUAA